AUGUUUAUUGUUGGGCUAACUGGUGGAUUAGCUACAGGGAAAAGUACUGUACUUUCAAUAUUUCGAGAUAAUAAUGUGGCUGUUAUAGAUGCCGAUGAAGUCGCUAGGAAAGUUUUAGAACCAGGUACAAAAGCGUGGAAAGAAUUAAAAGAGUACUUUGGUGAUGAAGUUUUGUACCCAGAUGGUCAUAAGUAUAUUGUCAUGGAAGUGCCAUUAUUAUUUGAAACAGGAAAAAUGUUGACAUUCAUGCACAAAAUUAUUACAGUUGUUUGUGAUGACCACCAACAAUUAGAGAGAUUAUGCAAACGUAAUGACUUCUCUGAGGUUGUUGCAAAAAAAAGAAUUAGUUGUCAGAUGCCCCUUGAACAAAAAGUGGCCAGGUCUCAUUUUGUUAUUGAUAAUUCAGGUGAUAUUGCUGGUACGGUCCAGCAAACGGAAUGCAUAAUAAAAAUGUUGAGAAGAUCUAAGUUUACUUGGUAUUUUCGGGUAAUAAUAAUGAUUGCCUUUAUGUCGAUAACAUUUGGUGUUGGUCAUAUAAUUAAUAAAACUAUUAAUUAUAACACA